UGCCCAAGCCCCAAUGCACUCUGCCAACCGAGGAGGUUAUAGCGGGGUUGACGUGUCGUUUGGAAAAUCUGCUUAUUUUAUUUGAAAACCAUGUUGAGAAUUUUCCCCGGCCUUUGCACCAGGAAUUUGACAUUCCGAAACAACCUUUCGAUGCAAUCCAGCCGGUUUUCUCUGUUUACAAAAGCAAAUAGCCUUGUGCCAAAGCGGACCACCAUCUUCCAGAAUACUGUAAGAAAGACGGAGACGGCCGUGAGCAACUUUGCGCCUACAAAUGUAAGGGGACAAAAAAUUGUAGGCACGUGGCUCCUCGGAUGCAGCGGAAUGGUCUUUGGAGCAGUUGUUCUAGGAGGACUGACAAGGUUGACCGAAUCCGGCUUGUCGAUAGUCACUUGGAAAUUGCUUGGUGAAAAAAUGCCAACAACUAAUGAAGAGUGGGAAGAAGAAUUUCAAAGAUAUCAGCAGUUUCCAGAAUACAAACUGCAGAAGUCUUCAAUGACGUUAGAAGAGUUCAAAAGAAUUUGGUGGUUGGAAUUCACCCACAGGUCUUGGGGGAGAGCAAUCGGUGCAUUUUUCGCAGUCCCGGCAAUGUUUUUUUGGGCAAAAGGCUGGCUUACACCGCCGUUGAAGAAACGAGUUCUCGUAUUCGGAAGUUUGAUCGGAGCUCAGGGCUUGAUGGGAUGGUACAUGGUCAAGUCUGGAUUAGACGAUGAAAAAUUUAAACACCCUUCAGAAAUUGUGAGAGUGUCUCAGUACAGGCUGGCUACACAUCUCGGUCUCGCUUUCGUCUUAUACACCGGCUUUCUUUGGUCUGCUCUUGAUCUCAUCCUGCCAGCUGUAAAACCUGCAGUCAUUCCUUCUGGUUUCAAGAGUUUGAAGAUAUUAACACAUUCUUGCAAAGCAUUUGUAUUUUUAACUGCCAUCUCUGGAGUGUUUGUCGCUGGAUUAGAUGCCGGCUUGGUUUACAACUCGUUUCCAAAAAUGGGGGACAACUGGGUGCCAAAAGAGAUUCUAGUAUACGAGCCAGUGAUGACUAACUUCACAGAAAACCCAUCCACUGUUCAAUUCGAUCAUAGAGUGCUUGGUAUCACAACAUUGUCUUUGAUCUCCGGUCUCUGGUUACUGUCACGGAGAAGGCAACUACCGAAAAGAGCUCAUAGAGCCGCCAAUGCUUUGAUGGCCAUGGGAUGGUUACAGGUGACCCUCGGGAUUACGACAUUGCUCCACUAUGUACCAAUUUCACUGGCUUCUCUCCAUCAGACAGGCUCACUUGCCUUGUUGUCUUGUGCAAUUUGGUUAUCUCAUGAGUUAAAACAUCUGAAAAAAAUUGUAAAAUAAUUUUAUAAUUGUAUGUAAAUAUUUGUAAAUCAAAUUUAUUUCAAUCUAUUUUCUUUAAUUUAUUAUAACUGUUUGAUUUGUUUUGUAUCAAUUAUAGACAAAUUUGUAUAUAUUUUGUCAAAUUCUACUGCAUGAAUUU